AAAAUGAGUCACAUGAGGAGUCUGACAGAGAUGAUGACUAUUGCUAAUGGAAACAGGACCAUUAAUGCCAGUGGACACUCUGUAACAGAUUCACAAUUUUUCUUUGGGUCUCAGUUUUGGCCUGAAAAUUCUGCAUCUCAGUCACUCAGUUUGUCUUCCUGGAACUCAACACAAUCUCAAGAGGAUAGCGAUUCAACCCUUCUGCGCACUUAUCAAAGUAAACCUCUUCUGUUCAGCGAGACUAAAGAUAAAAGUAAACUUUUUAGCCUGCUGGACAAAUUUGAAGAAGACAAGAAGAAGACUAAGAAAAAUUCUGACAGUGAAGCUUUAGCCAAUGAAUACAUACAUAUUCGAGAAACCCUUAACAAAAUUCACCAACUUGCUACUGGUACAGAGAAAAAUAGUGUAGUUUGUUACACAGUCCUUGAAAAGAUUGAACAUUUUGUUUCAACAUUGCAGAAUAACCUAAUAAGCCUCCAGAGUGACAUUUCCCUGCAGCUACAGACAUUACUGGACAACGUAAAUUCUCAAAAAGAGACAGUGACAGGAUUAGAAGACAAGAUGGAAAAGACCACUACAAACCUUAGCUGCUCUGUGCUAAGCUUAAUGACCAAUGUGGAUGGCCUAAAAAAGGACCAAAAAACAGAACGAGAUAUGCUUGAAGAGGCCCUUAAGCUGCUGAGUGCUUUACUGUCCAAGAAUUCACCCAAACGCAGCCAAGUGACAGUAAUGGACAGCUUCAUUCAGACGUCACCAAGCCUCACACAUGCUUUGCCUGGAAGUUUGCAGGAAAAUCAGCUGGAGCGCACACAGCCUGAUGCAUUUGGUAAAGCAGAUGCUCCUAAGGAGAACAGAGUUUGUGUUGGAAAGAGGAAACCCAAAAGACUCUCUGUGAGACGUAAAAAGCGCCCUCUAGUGAUGGCUCAGAAUCACAAGCCUGCAGUCCCUCUGGAAAACAGCCCUUCCCUCCUGAAUGGUAACAAGUUGUCUCUGUCCGAGUGUCACAACAAAAAUGGGAGCAAGAGUUUCAUCACCCCCAUGAGCUGCUGGUCCCAGGACAGCAACAGCUCAGCCUGCCUGAAUGGGAUCGACCCCAUCCUGGACAGGGCAGAGGCCUCAGCACAGCCUGGAGGCCUGUGGCAAUUGUUUGAAUUGGACUUUUAGAGGAUGGCUAUACUAAAGUAAAUUGCA